AUGUCGGUCCAAUUACAAGAGUUGAUAGCAUCAUUGAUCCAAAGCGCACCAUCACCGGAGCUUGCGAACGUCUCCCACAAUCUCAAGACCAUCUCCGGCGCAUCGAGCUCUACGGUAGAGGACUCGCUAACUCGCUACAUCCACAGCCAACCGAUCGCGGUAUCGGGGUACAUCGUCUCCCAACAUAACAAAGACCCCAAGUCCUCGAAGUAUGUUGAUUACGUCCGUGGGCAGAGAUUCAAUUUUGAUUUGCGCAGGGAUCAAGUUAUUGACGUUGAGACCGUGGGUGAUCUAGCUCGUGUUGACGCAAAGUUAGUUUCGCUGUUGGAGCAGUAUGGCAAGGACUAUUUUUACGAUUUUAGCUUUACUGUGAUACCUCUGGAUGACGUUGGGGUUUUCCGUGUCGUGAUUGUGGGGCAGAGGCGCAAUAUGGAGAACUUCUACACUGGUGUAUGGAGAUCGGAGUAUGAGAUCAAGGAUGGGAGGAUUGAGGGGGAUGUGUCUAUUGAUAUACAUUAUUUCGAAGAUGGUAACGUCAGGUUGAAGUACAGUGACGUCGUGAAUGGCGAAUUGAGCAAUGGUGGUGGUGGUGGCGCUAAUGCAGUGGUGAAUUUCAUCAACAAGACGGAAAAUCAGAUCGAGAAGAAGAUCAUUGCCGAGUUCCAAGUUUUGAACCAGCAGAGUUUCAAGAACUUGAGACGGUUGUUGCCUGUCACGAGAUCCAAGAUCAACUGGGGUAAUGCUAUUGGGAACUAUAGAUUGGGCUCCGAUGUCGUGAAUAGAAAGUAG